CACUGCCUACCCGCGGGAGCGGUUGGGGCCCGGGUCGGGUCACAGGCCGGCGCUUUUCCGUCGUUGCCCGAGUCCGCCGGCUCUCCCGUUCUCCGACGAGCCUUUCCCGCGAAGGCAGGGCGAUGCUGCGCGAUCGGCAGCCGAGAGUGCGCUCCGGUAACGAGUCUCGUCCCGCGCCCAACAUGGAGCCGGCGGGGCUCGGGGUCUGGGCCCACAGCCGUGCGGCGCUCGACCGGCUGGAGAAACUACUGCGCUGCUCGCGCUGCACCAAUAUUCUGAGGGAGCCUGUGUGCUUAGGUGGAUGUGAGCAUAUCUUCUGCAGUGGUUGCGUUAGUGACUGCAUUGGAACCGAAUGUCCAGUGUGUUAUACUCCAGCCUGGAUACAAGAUGUGAAGAUAAAUAGACAGUUGGACAGCAUGAUCCAGCUUUGUAGUAAGCUUCGAAAUUUGCUGCAUGACAAUAAUCUUUCAGAUUUGAAAGAAGAUACACAUAGGACAAGUAUAUUCAGUGAUGCAGAAAACAAGAAGAAAUCAAUAAAAAUGUGGUUUAGUCCUCGCAGUAAGAAGGUCAGAUACGUUGUGAGUAAAGCUUCAGUGCAAACCCAGCCUCACAUGGUAAAUGAUGACAAAGCUCAGCAGGCCUCAAUGUAUGAAUUUGUUUCCGCAAGUCCUCCGGUAGAUUUAUCAGAGAAGGCUAAAAAGGCUUCUAGAAAAUCUGAGAAAAAGCAAAAAAAGAAAACUUUAGCUGAAAUCAACCAGAAAUGGAAUUUAGAGACAGAAAAAGAAGGUGGUGAACCUGCCUCCAAAGAGGAAUUUAAGGAAAAGCUGGUAUCCUUCUGCAGCCAACCAUCUGUUAUUGCUAGCCCUCAACUAAAUGGUGAAAUAGACUUACUAGCAAGUGACCCUAUAUCAGAAUCUGAAUGUUUCGGAAGCUUAAGUCAAAUCUCUUUACCAUUGGCUGAGCAAAUAGUGUCUCCCGAAAUUGAGAGCAGGAGUGAAGUAGUGACUCCUGAGGAGAAGCCCUGUGAAAGUGAUCUCACAUCUAAGAAAUCCUUGCCAUUCGGCAGUGAAGGAAAACAUGGGCGUCGCAACAGACUUUCCAGUCCCGUUUCUAAAAGUCGUAGAAGUAGCCUUCAGGGCACUAGUAAAGAGCUUGUCAAGCACACAGUCCUCUCAUUGCCUGAGUCAUUGCCUGACUGUUCUUCCCCACCUUCAAGCAAACUUAAAGUUGGUGGCACGUUCGGGAGAAAAAAUAGUAAUGUGUCAGAUGACUCCAUUAGCCUUUCACCAAGUAUGUCACCUUCUGCAUUGAAUAGUCCAAGUUACAGAAGAAUGUUGUCUAGCCCCUUGGCAAUGAAGCUAUCACCCAAUAGUCGUAUGGCUGUGAAAAGAAACCAUAGAGGAGAGACUUUGCUUCAUAUUGCUUCUAUUAAGGGCGACGUACCUUCUGUUGAAUACCUCUUACAAAAUGGAAGUGACCCAAAUGUUAAAGACCAUGCUGGAUGGACACCAUUGCAUGAGGCCUGCAAUCAUGGGCACCUGAAGGUAGUGGAAUUGUUGCUUCAGCACAAGGCAUUGGUAAACAGCACUGGGUAUCAGAAUGACUCGCCACUUCACGACGCGGCCAAGAAUGGGCACAUGGACAUAGUCAAGCUCUUACUUUCCUAUGGAGCCUCCAGGAACGCUGUUAACAUAUUUGGUCUGCGGCCUGUGGAUUAUACAGACAGUGAAGAUAUGAAAUCGCUGUUGCUGCUACCAGAGAAGAAUGUAUCAUCAGCCAGCCAGUGCUCAGUUAUGAACACUGUCCAACGUAGUGAUAGGCCCCUUGUGCUUAUAGGCAGUGGCCUUUCCUCAGAACAACAGAAAAUGCUCAGUGAGCUUGCAGCAAUUCUUAAGGCUAAAAAAUGUGCUGAGUUUGACAGUACAGUAACUCACGUUGUUGUUCCUGGUGACACUGUUCAAAGUACCCUAAAAUGUAUGCUUGGGAUUCUCAAUGGAUGCUGGGUCCUAAAAUUUGAAUGGGUGAAAGCAUGUCUGCAAAGAAAAGUAUAUGAACAGGAAGAAAAGUAUGAAAUUCCUGAAGGUCCUCAGAGAAGCAGACUCAACAGAGAACAGCUGUUGCCAAAGCUGUUCGAUGGGUGCUACUUCUACUUUGGGGGAACCUUCAAGCACCAUCCGAAGGACAACCUAGUGAAGCUGGUCACUGCAGCCGGGGGGCAGAUCCUCAGCAGAAAGCCGAAGCCAGACAGCGACGUGACUCAGACCGUCAACACCGUUGCGUACCACGCCAGGCCUGACUCUGACCAGCGCUUCUGCACGCAGUAUAUCAUCUACGAGGAUUUUUCUAAUUAUCGCCCAGAGAGGGUUCGGCAGGGCAAAGUCUGGAUGGCUCCUUCCAGCUGGUUUAUAGACUGUGUGAUAUCCUUUGAGUUGCUCCCUCUUGACAGCUGAAUGGUGUACCAGAUGAGUGUGUCAUUCCGAGUCUCUGCAGUGUGGGAGAACCCAGUCACUGUGCUGCUUUGGUCCUUCACUUCUUUACGAAUAGGUAGCCAUUCGUAUAUUGUUCUUCUUUUGAAUUAAAAAACAUACCUUCUGCCAGAUUAUGAAUUUAUUUACCACUUUUAAAUGUUAGGAUUGCUUUGAAGGAUUUUUCUUUCUAUAGCUGGUGUAUGGUUUGAUUCAUCAUGUCUUUCUAUUCAAAUUAUUAGCUAUCAAAGAUUAAUGAGAGGGUAUUGGAUCUGUUGGUUAGGUAUACAAGUGGUAUCAUUAUUGUCGCGUCCUUUUAACAUUCUUUGAUGAAAAAUAUUUACAACUGCCAUCAGCAAAAUACUUCAGAUCCUUUUGUAAACAGAAUAUUGUUAAAUAAUUUAUUCUGGCUUUAUUGUAAUGAACGUAGAGUACCUGGUCUAAAUAUGCUGCCAUCGUGUUAAAUUCUCCGUCUGUAGUUGUCUUUGCCUUACAUUAUAUUUAGUUUCUUAUAAGAGUUUACUCGGAUGUCUGUCCUGAGUUUUUGUCCCUUAUUUUGAUCUUGCCCAUACAUCAGGAAAUCAUGAUUUGAACUUUAUUAUUUAUUCUUUGGUGGUGAAAAUCAACAUGGGGCUCAGGGUACCUAUUUUUAUUAUUAUGUACACUUGCUUAAUGGUUAACUAGCAGUUUAUAACUGUGUUUAUCUAAAAUAUAUAUGCUUAGAGAAUUUGCUCUAACACAUUUUAGUAUCAACAUUUUUUAGAAGGCUUCCCACACUAGCAAAUUAUUAAUCGAAUGUCAGUAAGUUGGGAAGCAGUCUUUUUCUGGUCAACUUUGCUAGGUAUUGCUAAACUAUUUUUUGAGGUCCUGAUUUCUUCUUACGUAAUUUUUUUAUUUUUUAGAUUUUAGGUUAGUGUGGAGGUACUAGUUGGAGAUUGUUUUAAAUCAGAUUUUUUUCACAACACUGAAGGCUGUGACGGACAGUCUGAGGGCAGGAGUCGGAAGGGCUUACUUACACCCAGGUAGAGAAGGCAGCAGGGUAGUGGGCAGGACACCACCCUGAGAAGGCAGAGACCUCGGUAGGUUAUUUUGGUCUGAGUGUUCUCAUUGGAGAAUUGAUAGAUUAGAUCAUUUUAAGUCUUAUUUUUUUUUUUUCUAAGAAGCAGAAGUCUUUAAAUAAAUCUUUCCUAGAAGCUGAAUGUAGUUAUGGUAUUAAAUGUGUGAGGAGGGGAACUGUGAGAUCUUUCGGCUUGGUUCCCUGGGGGCCAAAGAGGACAGUUGGAUACCCACUGGAUUAGACGAUCCUCAAUUUUAAAAUACUGUGAAGUUAAUCACCAUUUUGAGAUCCAUUUAUUUGAAAGUCUGAUUCUGCUGAUCCUUCUUUUGCCAUGUUAUUUUUCCAUAUUAAGAAAUGGAAUAUGUGAACAAAAAAUAUACUGCUGAUGCUGACCUUCCAGGGUGAAGGAGCUCUGAAAUGCGAUCUACAACCCAUAGUGUGCGUGGCCCGCAUUUCAUUCUGGCAGAGAGUGAUGAGUGCCAUGGCGCCGAACAACUCCACAGGGUUAGAUAAUGUCUGGAUGAAAUAAUUUAAGACUCCCUGGGCUUUUGGUUGUCGUUUCUGAUUUACAGCUGACUUUUAGUCACUCUGUUGCUUCCUGGGUCACAUUCCUAGACAGGUGUGUGUCUGCUCCGAUCGGAAUCUCUGUUUCCAAAGACACCUCUGGGGUUCUCCGUUCACUUUGUUGCGUUUGCUGUCUCGAUUUACCCUCUCUGCUCUGUGUUCCUCGCCAUCGUUGAGCAGUUUCAGCUUUGUCUCUCUAAAUGUUUAUUUUGACAGCAGUUGAUUUAUGGAAGCUCCUGCAACUCGCAGUUGUACUUGCUAUAUUGAUACACUUGUAAUUAUUUUCAUUUCUGAGUCGUAAGAUUCAAGUUUCCUUUUUAUUUACCACAAAUCAUUAAAAUUAUUGGUCUUCCUGUGUAUCUUCCAUAGAAGUGAUUUAUUCUGCGCUAUUGAAGAAUGAGACUCAAUAAGACGUGGGAGGAAAUUUUUCGGGUAACAAAAGCUUAUCUGUUCAAAUACUAAUACGUUUUAAUUAAAUAAUUUUGGUUAGAAAUACUUCUAAAAUAUACUGGAUGCUUUCUUACAUGAAGUAAAUUAUUCUGAAUACAGUGUAAACUUGAUAUUUCUGAGUCACCAUUAAGAGCAUCAAUUUUCAGUUAUUACACAGUUACUCAUUCAUGGUUCUGUUGCAGUCAGAAGGUUGUGGCCUCCCCACAGUACGUUUCACCUGGCUCUUUUCUAGUUCUUCUGCCUGCUUUUUGUAGUCUUUUCCUCUUUUCCAUGACAGCUGUUACUUUUUAUCUACCUCGAGUAAUACUUUACCCUAUCUUUUAAUUUUUUUUUUCUUUUGACUUACUGAGAAAUAGAAAAACCAGAUAGCAAGUAUAUUAGAAUUAUGACUGAUACAAGAAUAAAUAAGCAAUGUGUGAGGGUUUUAGUGAUUCACCUAGGAGUUAAAUACUUACAUUUUAAUAGCUAGAAUUUGCCAUUUAUUUCCUCUGCCUGGAUUUCCUUUGGGGCUGCCUACUCUGAAUAGUUAGGUGAACUCUGUUGCAUAGAUGAAGAUUAUUUUUUAGCAAGUUUGAUGUUAUCUGUUGGAGUAAAAAGGUGGGGGGCAACCCUCUGGGUGGUUCAAAAGGUCCAGAGCUUGACUGUCAGUCAGAAAGAUUGGUGGUUCAAACUCAUCCAGGGAUGCCUUGGAAGAAAGGCCUGGGGAUCCGCUUCUGAAACAACCUUGAAAAUCCUAUGGAGUGCAGUUCAAUUCUGCACACAUGGUGUCACCAUGAGUUGAAAUCUACUUGAUGCCAGCUGGUACAACUGCUAAGAAGAUGCGGAGGGGGCAUAUUAAUUGUUAAGUCUUCCAUAGGUCCAGGUAGAAAAAAGGUCAAUUGGGUUCUAAAGGUUCUGUGGACCUCAUUAUAGUCAGAAGUGACUAUUCUGUCCCCUAACCAGAAUACAUUAAUAUGGCAGAAGGUAAUGUUUAUUUAAUAACUAAGUCACUAUUUUGUUUGAAGAUGGAUUCAACUACAAGCUGUGAAGCUAAGGUUUGUCAUUGUAAGUCAGUUGUUUUCAAAGAUAAGUGCAUCAAACCAUGUAAUACAUGGUAAAGAUUUGAGCAGUUCCUUUUAAGAGUUCUAAUUUUCUGUAGUCAGCUAGUAAUUGUUAUGUUUGGCCUUGCUACUUAAGCUGCUUUCACUCUAAGGAAUUAAGGACUGUUGAUUAUUCGUACGGCUUUUUCAGGCCAGUGUGCCCCUUUGGAUACCUGUCAGUUUCUACUAGAAUGGCAUUGUGGGAGAAGCGGGAAAAGCACUAGACUGUUCUAACUGAAUUGUCUUAACAGGUUAAUGGCUAACAUCCUAGCCCUUAACCCCAGUGCUGAUCAGAGUUCCUGCCUAGGCCACUCCGAUGAAGGUCAAUAAGGUGGAGAGAUUAGAUUAAAGACACAGGAAUGCAUGACUUCUGCAUAGGCUUUGAAGUCAAUAUACCAUCUCUUUACUGGUUUAUAUACCAUUUGGGUUUAUAUACCGUCUCUUUACUAGUUUACCUGAUCUGUGCCUUGAGUUACAAAUGGGAAAUACUAUGCAUCUCACAGGAUACCAGUAGGUAGGAGAGCAUUGAGCACAUGGGAGGCCUCCCAGGAUCACCUCCAUUCGGUAUCACUGUGAGCAGGAUGGUUCAGAGGUAUCUUUAAAAGCAGCUGGUUAAAGGUGGCUUUUGGUAGCACGUCUCUUCAGACCUAGCUGUUGUCUCCAAGCCUAGCUUAACUAAUGACUGCCCUUAUGUCUUUGGUUAGCAUUAACCUUAACAACAACCAGAACACAGCCUGUCUUGUUAAUUUCUCACCUCUGACUUCUCUCUGUCCCAUCUGCAAUGGUCAAGUUUACCCAUCCACAGACCCUCUCCUGCCCGUUCAACUACAAUUUUAUUUUGCUUUCAUCCCUGAAUGGAUUCACUUUGAAUAUCAAGACUGCUUAGCCCUCCAGGCUUAGGUUACUCACUUUAGAAAACACUGGCCCCAGUUCUCCUCCUGUCAGCAUUGUGUCCCAAACUCUUCCUGCUAACCCAGUCUGAGCCCUUCUGCUGUGUGACCUUGGUCAGCCUCGCUUUAACCCAGUGCCAUCAAGUGGAUUCAAAGGAGGUAGAUCUUUUCUACCUUUAGUUCAUAAUUUUUAGGCUCUUAUAUUUUCAUUAUUAGUGCCACACCAAACCAAACCCAUUGUUGAGUCUAUUCCAACUCAUAGCCACCCUAUAGCUAUGACUUUGUCAAAAUCACUCCCCAUUUGCCUGCUGGCUAAAGUAAUGUUGCCUGAAUAUUCUGCUAUGAAUGAAACAUAAAGGUCUUUUUCUGAAUUUUACUGAUGUGGCUACCUUUGAGUUUUUAAAUAAGAUGCUUACGAAAAUAUUAUAUAGUGUCUUAGUUAUCUAAUGCUGUUGUAACAGAAAACCAUAAAUGGGUGGCUUUAACAAACAUUCAUUUUCUCACAGUUUAGGAAUCUGCUUGCUUGUUUAAUCUCUUUUCUAUCUCAAAAGAGAUUGACUCAAAACACACCCUACACUAAUCCUGUCUCAUUAACGUAAGAAAGACAACCCAUUCCCAAAUGGGGUUAUAACCACAGGCAUAAACCAAAAACCAAACUCAGUGCUGUCAGUUCAGAUCCACCAGCCACUCCUUGGAAACCCUAUGGGGCAGUUCUGCUGUGUCCUUUUAGGGUCGCUAAGAGUCGGAAUCAACUCUACAGCCAUGGGUUUGGUUAUUCUGGGUUUGGAGACAUGAAGUUGAAAAACCCACACCCCAAUAAUAACUACUAACAUUCUUAUCUUUUUUCCUAUUUGGGUACAACAUAUAUGGCUUUUAUAACUAAGGGAUUAAACCACGAAUAUACUUUUACUUUCUAUAUUUUCCUAUGUAAGUAAAUAUUUUUAUAUAUAAUUUCAAGGAGCCCUGGUGGUGCAGUCGUUAAGUGCUUGGCUGCUAACUGAUAGGUCGACAGUUCAAACCCACCAGCUGCUCUGUGGGAGAAGGAUGUGGCAGUCUGCUUCUGCAAAGAUUACAGCCUUGGAAACCCUAUGAGGCAGUUCUCCCCUGUCCUGUAGGGUCGCUAUGAGUCAGAAUCAACUCAACAGCAAUGGGUUUGAUUUUGGUUUGAUAAAAAAACCAAACCCCUUGCUGUCAAGUCGAUUCUGACUUAUAGUGACCCUAUAGGACAGAAUAGAACUGCCCAUAGGGUUUCCAAGGAGAUCCUGGUGAAUUUGAACUGCCAGCCUUUUGGUUAGCAGCCAUAGCUCUUAACCACUAUGCCACCAGGGUUUCCUUUUUGGGUUUGAUAGGUAAUUUCAAAUAGUUGCAUAGUACCCUAACACCAAGGUGUAUUGUAAUUUACUUAAUACCUUUUACUAAGUAUCUAGGUUAUACAUAAAACUCUUAAGCAUCUUCAUAAUAAAUUUUGGUCUCUGGGGUGGGUGGCAUUUUCUUUAAAAUGUCAAGGUAAGCCAUUCGCUGUCAUUUCCAUCUCUCCAGAAUGCAGUGCACACUCUACAUAUUUAAAUUAAGGCCUGUAGUUGUGCUUAAAAUAUAAAAAUUAGAAAAUGAGCCUUAACUGAUUGUCAUGAUUUUAUGAGUUGAUGAGACUGCAUGUAAGGCUCAAAACACUCUAGCUAUUAAGGGUUAGAUACAAACCAGAAAAAAGAAAAAAUGUAAUCAUAGGCACAUGGUGCGAAAGCUGGGCAAUGAAUAGAAGACUGAAGAGUUGAUGCCUUUGAAUUAUGGUAUUGGUGAAGAAUAUUGAAUAGACAGGGACU